AUGCAUUUAGAAUUUCAGAUGGCUGCUAAUGACAAACCUGUGAAAGUGGAUUCUGCUAAGAACAAAUCUGACGUGAAAAUGGAUCCUGCUAACUUGAAGUUUGAUGCAAGUGAUAUGGCCGCAAAUGACAAACUUGUGAAAGUGGAUCAUGCUAAGGACAAAUCUGACGUGAAAAUGGAUCCUGCUAACUUGAAUUUGGAUGCAAAAUUUCAUGUAUUAUAUUUUGGUAUAUUUGUGAUGGCUCCUAAUGACAAACCUGUGAAGGUGGAUCCUGCUAAGGACAAAUCUGAUGUGAAAAUGGAUCCUGCUAACUUGAAUUUGGAUGCAAAAUUUCAGAUGGCUGCGAAUGACAAUCCUGUGAAAGUGGAUCCUGCUAAGGACAAAUCUGACGUGAAAAUGGAUCAUGCUAACUUGAAUUUGGAUAUGGCUGCGAAUGACAAACCUGUGAAAGUGGAUCCUGCUAAGGACAAAUCUGACGUGAAAAAGGAUCAUGCCAACUUGAAUUUGGAUGCAAAAUUUCAGAUAGCUGCUAAUGACAAACCUGUGAAGGUGGAUCCUGCUAAAGACAAAUCUGACAAACAAUUUCAGAUGGCUGCUAAUGACAAACCUGUGAAAGUGGAUUCUGCUAAGAACAAAUCUGACGUGAAAAUGGAUCCUGCUAACUUGAAGUUUGAUGCAAGUGAUAUGGCCGCAAAUGACAAACUUGUGAAAGUGGAUCAUGCUAAGGACAAAUCUGACGUGAAAAUGGAUCCUGCUAACUUGAAUUUGGAUGCAAAAUUUCAUGUAUUAUAUUUUGGUAUAUUUGUGAUGGCUCCUAAUGACAAACCUGUGAAGGUGGAUCCUGCUAAGGACAAAUCUGAUGUGAAAAUGGAUCCUGCUAACUUGAAUUUGGAUGCAAAAUUUCAGAUGGCUGCGAAUGACAAUCCUGUGAAAGUGGAUCCUGCUAAGGACAAAUCUGACGUGAAAAUGGAUCAUGCUAACUUGAAUUUGGAUAUGGCUGCGAAUGACAAACCUGUGAAAGUGGAUCCUGCUAAGGACAAAUCUGACGUGAAAAAGGAUCAUGCCAACUUGAAUUUGGAUGCAAAAUUUCAGAUAGCUGCUAAUGACAAACCUGUGAAGGUGGAUCCUGCUAAAGACAAAUCUGACGUGAAAAUGGAUCCUGCUAACUUGAAUUCGGAGAUGGCUGCUAAUGACAAACCUGUGAAAGUGGAUUCUGCUAAGAACAAAUCUGACGUGAAAAUGGAUCCUGCUAACUUGAAGUUUGAUGCAAGUGAUAUGGCCGCAAAUGACAAACUUGUGAAAGUGGAUCAUGCUAAGGACAAAUCUGACGUGAAAAUGGAUCCUGCUAACUUGAAUUUGGAUGCAAAAUUUCAUGUAUUAUAUUUUGGUAUAUUUGUGAUGGCUCCUAAUGACAAACCUGUGAAGGUGGAUCCUGCUAAGGACAAAUCUGAUGUGAAAAUGGAUCCUGCUAACUUGAAUUUGGAUGCAAAAUUUCAGAUGGCUGCGAAUGACAAUCCUGUGAAAGUGGAUCCUGCUAAGGACAAAUCUGACGUGAAAAUGGAUCAUGCUAACUUGAAUUUGGAUAUGGCUGCGAAUGACAAACCUGUGAAAGUGGAUCCUGCUAAGGACAAAUCUGACGUGAAAAAGGAUCCUGCCAACUUGAAUUUGGAUGCAAGUAUAGCUGCUAAUGACAAACCUGUGAAGGUGGAUCCUGCUAAAGACAAAUCUUACGUGAAAAUGGAUCCUGCUAACUUGAAUUCGGAUGCAAAGUUUCAGAUGGCUGCUAAUGACAAACCUGUGAAAGUGGAUCCUGCUAAGAACAAAUCUGACGUGAAAAUGGAUCCUGCUAACUUGAAGUUUGAUGCAAGUGAUAUGGCCGCGAAUGACAAACCUGUGAAAGUGGAUCCUGCUAAGGACAAAUCUGACGUGAAAAUGGAUCCUGCUAACUUGAAUUUGGAUGCAAGUGUUAAGCCUAUCAACUGA